AUGUCGAAACAACCGCCGGCUGUGGGGAAAAAGCCCGAGGGGCUCAAAACGGAGGUUGCGGCGUCCAAAAUCGAGAAAUCAAAGCCCGAAAUCCCCCCAAAGCCAGGAAAAAAGCCACCGAAACCGCUGCCAAAGCCCGAAACUGCCAACAAACAGGAACAGACGAGCCCACAAAGACCAAAAGUGGCGGCCAAGCCGGUCCACCUAAGCGGAACGUUGCGCGAUCUCCAAAUCGCCCCGACGAUCGAGAAGACGGACCCAAUCUCACCCAAACAACACGUGCACAGAACAGGUCCUCCAGACACCCCAAAACGAGACUUUCUGAAACCACAACCGCCACCAUCGCGCGAGCAGUCACGGGAGCGAGGCAACAUCCAGCUGGACAACUCCCACGACCAAUUGGGACCCCGUGACCCCACCACACCGCUCAGAUCACCUACCCGAAGCCCAGCAAGAAGCCCGGCCCCUCCACCACCAAGAUCUCGCGACGUGAGUAGAGCACGUGAUCUCGCGACAGGUUCGGGACCCUCGUCACGUGAUGUCUCGAUGUCUAGUGACUCGAAAUCCUCCUCAAACUCCGAUCUCGGAGGGCCGCUGUUGCUGCCGCCGGGAGCAAGAGAAGGAGCUGUGGCUCCGAUAACUGCUUCUACACCUGCAAAGUCACGUGAAGUGUCGGAAACCCUGUCACGUGAAAACAUGGUGCGUGAUGACUCGCCUCGAGGAAGAGUAGUUACACCCCACGUGACCAAACGAGAGGGAGCUAUUGCGCCUUCAUCUUCGCGGGUCCCGUCAAUUGUGGAACCCCAGUCUCCCUUGACAGUCAGAAAAUCACGCGACACCCACGUGACCACACCCGAGCAGAUCCGAACGUCCAAUCACGUUAGCCAAUACACGCCCCCAGCUCCGGCUGAUCGGGUGGCCUCGUCUUCAUCAUCUUCUUCGACUUACACACCUCCGGCGCCUCCGAAAUCGCAUAUACCCAAUUUGGAGUCGCCUAGUAUUUCUCGAGACUCUUCUGUUGUGCCAAUGACUGUUUCGCGUGAUUGCUCUGUGACUCCGGUUGCAGUUACACGUGAAUCCGUCGCUCCUGCACCUGUGGUUGUUUCACGAGAAAGUGCAGCUCCUCCUAUUCGAGAGUCAUCAACGCCUCCGGUGGCAGCAGCAAAUGAUCCACAAUCUGCUCCUCCUGCAAUUACCCCAGCUGCCGUGGUGCGUGAUCCUCCAGCUUCUGUAGGGUCCCCAGCUCCUGGGGUAGCUCCAACAGUAGCUACACAUCCGCCGCCUCCCACACGUGACGUUGCGUCUUCGUCAUCUGGAUCUCGUGAUUCUGUGACUUCUCGUGAUUCAACUGUCGCUCCCUCUGCUCGGAAACCUCUACCAGACCCUUCGUCGUUUGCCGCCCCUCCUGUUCAUCAUGCGGUGGUUUCCAGACGAGAAGAGUUGAAGAGAGAGGAAGCUCAGAGCCAUAUCCCUGUUUCUGCCUCGUCUGGCGCCCCUCCUGCACUUCCUAAAAGACGAGAAACAUUCAAUGAUGCAAUGGAACCACGAGAUAUGGAUUAUCCCCCUCCUCCUCGACGAGCUACAGAGUCUUCCAGCGCUCCCCGCUUCUCCCGUCAGUCUAGUUCUGCGAGUAUUGACUCACGUGAGCCCUUGUACAAGGACCGGCAUGGAUCUACAGCUUCUGUGGAUCACUUGAGACACGCUGAUAGGCCCAGACAAGGGUCGAGUGCAUCUCUUGCGUCCAUGGAACGUCCGAGACAGGACUCUGCGACCGCUGAGAACAGCGACGGUAUGUACAGCUCCAAGUCUGUUCUCAAUAGUCAUUUGGAGCCUCCUCCAACUCGUCAGACUGUCAUGACUUCUGAGACAGGGGAGUUGGACAAUGAACUUAACCCUUCUGCCGCCAUUGACGGUUACCAGGAUUACCCCGACUCUUCUAACGUCAAUAGAAAGCCCCCUGUUAACCCCAGACGUGCCCAGUGCUCUCUCAAGCAUGAUGUCAAGUGUAUGGACUGCAACGACGAGUAUCUGGUGGCUUGCAGCAGUGGUUACACGUUUGUCCUCAGUGCAGACAGUCUUGAACUGUUGUUUUCCGAGCCCCAUAAUGAUCUCAAGAUCCAUACUGUCAAAGUCACUUCUACCAACCACGCGAUUCUCGGGUUCAAGGAGGGAGAGCUUUGGGAGGUUGAUCUGGACGACGGCACUGUAUCUGUUAAGAGAUCCACUUCUCACAGCACUCCCGUAGUGCUUAUUCACGAAUCUCCUAACGGUCUGUAUACACUUUCUGAGGACGGCAGAAUUUGUGUGUGGCCUGGAGACGAUGAGUCACCUUUGUGUGGCACACCCAGGCAGCAUAAGCUCUCGUUUGGUUUCAUCCGUCAGGCAGUGGGAGUUCAGGAUACCAUUUGGGUCGGCAAGAGCCGAAAUGCAUUUGUGUUCCAUGAGUCUAUGAACUUCAUGAAUCCUUUGGUUGUGUCCAGCACUGUUCCUGGCAACCGACCCAGUCUGGACUUCUCAUGCAUCUUUUAUGAUGCUGGAAACGUGUAUUUUGGUCAUGAGAACGGAAAUAUCACCGUCUUUAGCACUGCCACGACCCAGGUGGUUGCCCAGAAGUUUGUUUCGCCCUCUUGUCCGCAGACGGUCUAUUGCAACAAUGGAAUGCUUUGGAUCGGGUUCAAGAACGGUUCAAUUCAGAUUGUCAACGUGCGAGAACCGCAGUGGAAGAUCAUCAAGUCAUUUGAGGGUCAUCAGUCAGGAGUUUCCGGAAUUGUUGGCAGUUACAAGGCUGUGACGUCUUUUGGAAGUUCUCCCAACCUCAGAUUUUGGGAUGCUACUCUUCGGGAGUUCUGGGAAGAUGACUUUAUGUCUCAGCGACAGGAGGAGUAUUGUGACUACCACAAUCUUUCUGUGGCUGUGAUUACCUGGAACUGUGGAGCUCUGAAGCCGUCACAAAUGCAGAGAGCGAAGAAAAACGACAAGUACUGGAUCGAUCAGGUUCUGGAGGAUGCAGAUUACCCCGAUAUUGUUGUGUUUGGGUUCCAGGAGCUGGUUGAGUUAUCAGAUAAGGGUCUUUCGGCCAAGGCUCUACUUGGAUUGCAUAAGAAAGAUGACAUUUCGGACCAGUACCAGCUGUGGGAAGAUGAGUUGUGCCACCUGAUGGGCAAGGAGUACCGACGAGUGAAGAGCCAUUAUCUUGUUGGUCUUUUUUCAAUCGUGUUUUCACGUGACGACCUACGCUUGGGUCACGUGCAAUGUGGAGAAGUCAAGACCGGCCUUGGCGGCUACCACGGCAACAAGGGAGCUGUGUGCAUUCGAUUCACUAUUGCCGACUCGUCCUUGUGUUUUGUGAACGUUCAUCUUGCCGCCGGUCAGUCCAAGGUGUCUGAUCGAGUCAAGGACUUGGAGAGCUGUUUCAGCAAGGAACUUUUCAAGAAGGAUUCUUCACGUGAUGAAGAUGGAACACGGGUGUAUAUCAAUGGGGGUGACGGUGCUCUUAUUGGUGACCACGAGAAUCUGUUUAUUCUGGGCGACAUGAACUUCCGGGUCAACCAGCAUCCCAAGCUGGCUGCUCAGCACGUCAACAACAACCGGCUGGAGAAGUUGCUUCUCAGCGACCAGCUGACGAUCCAGAUGAAGAAGAACAUUUCUUUCCCUCUCAGAUCGUUCGCCGAGCAUGAGAUUUCCUUCGCGCCUACCUACAAGUUUGAUGUGGGCACUGACACAUACGACUCUAGUGAAAAGAAGCGAGUUCCUUCGUGGUGCGACAGGAUCUUGUACAGGGGUCAUGUUGACUGUUUGAAGUACGAUUCUAAGGUGGUACGUCUGUCCGACCAUCGUCCUGUCAUUGGCCAGUUUGAUGUCAAGGUCAAGCGGAUUGAUGCUGAUAAGUACGAAAGGAUCAGAGCCGAGGUCAGGCAGGAGCUCGACAAGGCUGUAUAUUAA